AUGAAUGACAAGAAAUCUGAAACGGCGUUUUACUCCGUAGGUUACACUGCAUCAGCUGGUGAUGAUUCUGAAGUGGAGUCCAAGAAAAAAAACGUUUUCUCAGAUCCGGCGGUUGCAGCUAGAUGGAGAAAGGUGUACGAGGAUUCGCAUUAUGAAAACUUGCAAUGGUUCGAUCCCGAGUUUGAAUGGGAUCCCAAAGAAGAGAAAAAGCUAGUCAGAAGAUUGGAUAUGAAAGUCUUUAUUUGGGUGUUCAUCAUGUUCUGCUCUUUGGAUCUUGUCAGAAGGAAUGUCACCCGUGCGGUUGCCGACAACUUUUUGAAUGAUUUGAAUAUGAAUAACACUUCAUAUAACUUAGGACAAACAAUUUAUCUUCUUUCCUUUUUAUGUGCCGAAUUACCGUUAAAUCUUAUUUCCAAGAGGUAUGGACCAGAGAGAAUUAUUCCAAUUCAAAUUCUUGUUUGGUCUAUUGUUUGUAUCUGCCAAUGUGCUAUGACUACAAAGAAUCAAUUUAUCGGUCUUCGUGCAUUAUUAGGUUUUUGUCAAGGAGGAUUUAUACCGGAUCAAAUACUUUACCUUUCCUACUUUUAUACGAGUACGGAACUUCCUUUGAGACUUUCAAUUUUUUGGAUUGCCAUCCCAUUGUUCCAAAUUUUAGGUUCGUUGGCCGCAUCCGGUAUUUUAGAGAUGAGAGGUCUUCAUGGCUGGGCUGGAUGGAGAUAUUUAUUUUUAAUUGAAGGAUUUGUCUCAUUGGGAGUUGCAAUUCCAAGCUUUUAUAUCAUGAGAACAGGACCUGGAAAAACACGGAACAGAUUUACUAAAAGAAGAAACCCAUGGUUCAACGAGCAUGAAGUGAAAAUCCUUGUCAACCGGCUUGUGAGGGAUGAUCCAUCAAAGGGAGAUAUGAAUAAUCGCCAAUCGAUUACUUGGAAACAUCUUAAAAUUGUUUUGACCAGUCCAGAUCUAUACCCUUUAUUUAUCCAGGGAGUAAUGGCAUUUAUCCCCAUGCAACCGGUGUCACAAUAUAUAUCGCUUAUUUUAAAAAGUAUGGGCUUUUCAACUUUCCUUUCGAACGUGCUUGCAAUUCCAGGGCAAUUUUGGUUUUUGAUAAACUUGCCAUUUUUUGUCUACUUAAGCCAUUUGGCUAAGGAGAAAAGCAUUUGUGCUGGAUUGGCAAACAUUUUUGUAUUCCCGUUUAUUGUUGGAAUUGUGGCAUAUCCGAACACAGGUAGCAAUUGGGUAAAGUACGUGCUAUUAAGUGGUAUAGUUGCUGAACCUUAUACUCAUGCAAUCUUGGCUGCAUGGACCUCUCAAACUUCAAAUGAUGUUGGAAUAAGGGCUGUUGGCACUGCAGUUUAUAAUAUGUCCUACCAGGUCGGUAGUAUUAUAGCAGCAAACAUAUAUACACAAGCAGAUAAGCCAUAUUAUAAUAAGGGAAAUAAUAUUAUUUUGGGAAUUGUCUGUUUUAACAUUGCUUUCGCAUUUUUUACAAAAUUCUAUUAUAUUUUUAGGAACAAGCAGAAAGCAAAGAAAUGGGAUUCAAUGUCAGACGAGCAAAAGUUGGAUUAUUGUCAAAACUCCAAGGACGUUGGAUUUCAACGACUCGACUUUCGCUUUCCACACUGA